UCCUUUUACCCUUUUCCCUUUUCCUUCUACUUUUAUAUUUAUUAUACUUUUUUCCGUGUUAUGCACGUUAUGUUUUGUUUUGUUAUGUUUUGUACCGUUACGAUAAAUUAACAAUAACUUAGUAAAUAUAGAAAUGUUGUUACCAAGCUAUUAUUGUUCAGCUAAUUAUCUAUCUGCAUCUAUCCGAUGACAAUAUGGCGUUUCUUCGAAUUUUCAAACGGAAUGAAAGAAGUAGAAUAAAACAAUGAUCGUAAUCGCGAGAUUUGUGACGUUCGUUAAUUUUUGUUAAAUUGUUACAUUUCGAGGGAUUUUUUGACCGAAACAAUACCGUUCGUUUAAAUUUCAGUGACCUGUGACAUUUUGAAACUAAAAUGUUGUGACAUUAAAUGCCUCUGUUACCAUGGAAACCAAUUUGAAUUUUACCAAUUUCUUUUAUAUUCGUUAGCUAUUUGCAGAGUUUAUUUUUAUAAUUUUUGUGUAUUAUAUUGCGUAUCAUGGAAGAAUUAGUGAGUUCUGAUGUUCGUAUUGUUCUAAACAUAAAAGAAGGUAAAGGAUUUGAACAAAUUCUACUACCAACUAUGGUGGUAGCUACUUUAAAUGGUCAUUCGCUAGAAACUGAAAGGAUAGACCCAAGCCCAAAUCCCCAAUACGAUCAUGCCUUGGUUUGGGAAAUAGAUAAACACAGACUUAGAAAAAUGAGAUCUGGACAAGUCCCAUUAAAAUUAGAAUGUUUUGCUAUUAAAAGCAAUGAUAGUAAAGAGAAAUUGGGAUACUUUUUGCUUAGUCUACGAUCUGCACAAGUUUUUUAUAAAAAUGGUGAUGAGGAUGUAAAGUUCCAUUGGCAUAAACUGUUAGGAUUGAGAAGCGAUCUCAAAAUACAUAAGCCUGAGUUACUACUCGGUUUAAGUAUUCAUGACCAAGAAUCUACAAUAUUAAAUUCUCGGUCAGAGUUAAAGAAUUCAGAAGAAUCUAAGCAAACAGAUAUUGAACCCAACGAGUUAACUCCAAUUUUGCUUCGUGACGAACGUCUUAUACAACUAGGUCCCUUAGAUAGUUGUCACGAGUUAUUCUUGAUGAAUGUCAUAGCCAUAUCUGCAACAAAUAUAGAUUUAUUAUUACCAACGAAAUAUUAUACAGACAUGAAAAAUAAUUUAUAUUUAUGGUGUAAAAUAUUAGAAAAUGAUAUAUAUUUUAAUCAAACUAAAAAAGAAUAUGGAGAACUUUGGAUACUCAAUGAAAAAAUUGUAAUAAGGAUCAGAAGUUCAUUAAAAAUGUUGAAGUUAUAUUUACAACUAAAGCCAUUUUUAUACAUAUAUUUGAAAUAUAAAGAUAAUAUACUAGGUCAGUCAAAAGUUAAUUUACAACCACUAGUUCCUACCGACGAUAUCGACGAAUUUUUAAAAACUGUUGCAAAUAAUAACAGUAUUUUAAAUCAGCGAUGUUAUUUAUACAAAGAAGAUCCCGAUAAAAAUGGUGAAAUAGAAUGUAAAAGUUCAUAUCUCGAUUUACAACUAAAAUUGCAGUAUGUAGGAAAUAAAACAGAUGUAGCAAUGGAUAUUUCAAAUCCAAUAAUCAAAGAUAUAGAUGCUCCUAAUUCUACUAAAGAACAAAAAACUGAUUUGAAACAAAUAAAUUAUAGUGAAAUAGACUGCCACAGAAAUCCUGCUGGUGAUUUUGGAAAAUGCACCACUGGAAUUAAAAUGUUCAAUUUUUCAAAUGAAUGUAAUAUUCUAAAUAAUCAUUCCUUAAGUUGUAAUAUUACAAAAACUCAACCAAUUAAAACUGUAUGCUCACAGUCAAUUGACAGACUACCAUGUCAUUGUAGUGACAUCGAAUGUUCUAAAAGUGUAGAAGCAUAUCGUUGCUACUGCUUGAAGAUUCUAUUGAUAACAAUUAAAUCAAUAUCUCCAAAACUUACUGUACCAGAUAUUGAAAUUCGGUUCCAUCACCCCAAAACUGAAAUCAUAUCAACAUUUUAUCCAAAAACGCCACUUUUAUUAGGAGAGAAAAUGAAAUUACAAGAUAUGGGAUGCAAAUUACAUUUUGUAUCACCAACAGAUGAAAUUAAACAUUUGUUGUCAUCUUACCCACCUAAAAUUAGUAUAUAUAAAACAGAAGGAAGUACCAAAACAUGUAUUUCACAAAGUAUAAUUGAUAUAAAACCAUUGUUUCAUCAAAAUAAGUCUGAAUGUCAGUGCAAUGUACCAUUGUAUGACAUGGAUCAAAAUAAUAUUGGUAAUUUAGAUAUUAUGUUAAACUUAGAGGACAAUGGUCCAUAUUAUAGAAUUAAAAAAAAAACACCUAGUGAAAAUUUGGGACCACCAAUCUUAGAUGAUAGUUUAGCAUACAAAAUAGUAGAUGAAUUGGAAACAUGGAAAGAACGGCAAAAAGAAAUAUUUAAAGUUGAGUUGAAAAGAAAAGAAGAUCGACAUUUAAAUUUACUAAGUCAGGAAUGGCAAAAACACCGAGAGAAUUUAGAAGCAAAACUUGCAUGUAGCGUUGAACAAUGUAAAAUGUUGGCAAACAGUUUAAAUAAUGCUACAGACGACUUACGAACACGAAGAUUAAAAAGUCUUGAAAAAGAAACUAGAUUAAUUAAAGCAAAUGAAGAUUUGCAAUGGCGAUAUGAAACGAAAUUACGAGAGCUCAAAGAAUCGUUUCAUGCAAUGCAAGAAGAACUUAUCUCGAAGAUCAAUGCCCUUGAAAAAAGAAAGACUGCCUUAGAAACGCAAGUUGAACAAUUAAGUACUGAAAAUGAAAAAUUGCAAUUAUUAGUAAAAAAACAAUCAGACGAAUUAGGAUCUUAUCAAAAGGGAUCUUUAACGCAAGAUCAAACGGCGAACUUGUUACAGGAAUUAAAAACACUUGAAGCAAAAUUACAAAAUGUACUUGAAAGUAAAUCAUUUUUCAAAGAACAAUGGGCAAAAGCAGUUCGCGAAAUACAUCGUAUGAAAAUGGAGCAUCAACAAGCAAUACAAGUUCAAAUAAAAAAUAGUAAAGAAGAAUUGCAAAACUUAGAUCUAGAAGAGAUACUAUGUGCAGACUCCACUGCUUUAACAGAUGACAAAAUUUUGUUAAAUCAAAUUCAAAAGGAAAUCGACGUGAUCAAACCAAAACCAUCAUUUAUUGAAAAAGAUGCAUACUGCCAAGUUUUUACGCCGACUAAUAUAGGUCCAACAAUUUCACAAAGCAAUAGUAAAAAUAAAUUAAAGAUUUCGGGAGAAAACGAUGAAAGAUUACAAGCGCUACUUGAAGAACGUGAUUCUCUCUUAAAAACUGGCAGUUAUACGAUCGAUGAUACAGUUAUUAUGAAAUUGAAUACAGAAAUAAGAUCUUUAAUGAUGAAGUAAUUAACAAAUUUAUUCCAGUAUGUGAAUUGUGUACUAUACAGUAUAUACAUUAAUAUUAAUAAAUACACUAGUGUACACUUUAUUUUCAUAAAUUAUUUUUAGAAAAUUAUUAAUAAAAUAGUAACAAUAUUAAUAUAGAAUAUUUUAUAAUUCCGUUUGGAUGUGUAUGUGUGUAUUGAAAUAAAUGCAUUGGAUCAGUUUUAAUUG